AUGGGCCCCUGUACCACCUCCUCAUUGCUGCUGCCAGGCCUGUAAUCAGCCAUGGGCCCCCAUGUACCGCCUCUUCAUGCUGCUGCCAGGCCCGUAAUCUGUCAUGGGCCCCUGUACCGCCUCCUCAUGCUGCUGCCAGGUCCAGAGGUGUGUCAUGGGUCCCUGUUACGGACUCUCCAUUGCUGCUGUCUCCAAAAAAUCGCCACACUCUGCCAUGUGCCACUUUCAGGUCUCCUCACACUGCUGGUGGUUUCCAUUUUUUGUCCUAGGGUGCUGUAUGGCCUUCCCAUCUUAUGCUGCUGCUGCCAGGUCCCACCGCCACACUGUGGCUCCCACACUCUGGUUUUGGCCCCGUGACUCUGACCAAAUGAGUGAAGUGGUGCGGUGAUUCUAACGAUCGACGGGCACUCAUCUGCAUGUCAUACUGGACUGUCAGUAUAAUUUCUCUUCCCAGCAGACUCCCAUGGGUUGCAUUUAAAUUAAAGGUACAGUGUUCUGCACUAAUAAUAA